AUGGAUCGUAGCCAGAAGCGGUCAGUUAUCAUCACCGUCCCGGAGGAUACUCGGGCCUCGGUACUCCAUCAUGAAGCCUUUCUCCGGUACCGAGCUGAGGUUAACCAGCUCGAGGCUGAGGUCAAGGAGCUUGCUGAGAAAAGGGGCAUGUAUAAGCUUCUCAGCGAGCAACGCGAAAAAGAAGUCAAGAAUCUCCAGGCUGAGUUAGACGCGUCUCAGAAGGAACAUGCCGACCUAGUGGAACAUGUAAAGAUCUUUAAAGUUAGAAAUGACAAGUUAGAUAUGGCGACUAACGGUCAAAACUCGCAGGUUCAGCAGAAGGUUGACAAGAUUGACCAACUUCAGGCCGAGAUGGACGAGGUCAAGGCCAUGGCCGAAGAGGGGGAGGAAAAAAUGGACCGAUUGGCUUCGAAGAAGGAGACUGCCCAGGAGCAGCUGGCCUCGGUGGAGGUCCAACUUCGAGUGGUGAGGGAGAAAUCCGAGGCCCGGGCCCAAAAAAUUGAAGAUUUCCAGUCUCAACUGGGCUCGACUAUGUCACGCCCUAAUCUCAGGGAGCGCGACCGAUGCUCAACCAAGAUAAUCCGGCCGAGCAAGCCUGUACAAUACCUUCUACCCGAACUCACUCGUGAAUAA